AUUUCAUUGUGCAUUCGACCACAGAUAUAACCCAACGUAAAAUGCUACGUCUGUUUCUCUUCGGGUUUCUGCUAUCAACGAUAAACACGUACCCGAUUAAAGAUGAGGAGGCCGUCAUCGAAGUCGAAGAUACAAAGGAAAUUGUCGAUUUAAAGAAAAUGUUGAACGACGUUUCGUACGUAACAAACUUCAGGAAUAUGAUGGCCGACUACGUGAAAUCUCAAUACAAAAAUUUGACGGUCAACGAUAUGGAAAAAAUCCAAGGUCACUUGGAGGAGUUCUGCCACAGAUUCGCAAGGGAUUUGAAAGACAUCGUCGAGAACAUCGACCAGGUCAGAGCGAUCGAGACGGUGAACGACGGUUUACCUGAUAGUACGUUCGAAGAUAUAAAGAAAUGUAUCAAGAACGAACUACCGAAUGUGACAGACGAGACCGCGGAUCAGAUUACUUAUGUGUUGCGGAAAAACAUUUUCGUGACGCGGCAAAAAAUCGACGCUGUCAUUCGUAGCUCAGAAAUUGCGGCCAUCGAAAACUCGUAGAACAUUCUCGAAGAUGCAAAUAAAUCAUUUAAUUUCUGAA